CACAAAAUCCGUACAUUGGAGUACUAUGUUUUCUCUCGUUAUGUGUUUUGUUUAAUGAUGAGGACAUCAAUGGGCCACUCACACGUGCAAAGGCAAAAGCGUUGAAAGAGAAGCUUGUAACGUACUUGGAGAGCUACUUUGGAGCCAUGGACGUGGAGCUGUUUCGAGGGAAGCCAUAUAUGAUGAUUGUAUUUUUCCUUGUUAGAGUCGGAUUUGGAUUGUAUUUGUCUUUUAAAGAGGCUGAACUCGUUGGUUUGGAGGCAGACGAUUAUUAUUGAAUUUCAAAGGCUAUUGUCGAGUUCCCUUGAGGACUUUUGCCCUAAUUACUCUGUUGAGGAUUCUGGAGUGUUAGUGCGACUCUUAUCAGCUAGGUAUUCACCCUAGUUGUGGCGAGCUACCCAUAUUGAUUGCCCUUUAUUCCGAUUUGAAUCUGUCUGAUCGAUUCAUAUAUUGAUUGCCCUUGUUCACGAGUGAGUACUGUCCGAUCGAUUCCAUCCUAUCCGGUUCUUUUCGGUUCAAAUCAGUGGUGUAUUCUUAAGUUUGUAACAAAUCUUGAUAGUGUUCUUGGUGGUUCUUGGAGAUUCAUGUGUGAAUUCUUGAAGGUCUUGGCGUGUUCUUGAGUUUCUUGAGCCGCAAGAUAGAAGGUUGAGAUUGGUUCUUGGAAAUCUUGUAAUCCUUGCAUCGCAAGCAUGGAGGCCGCGCUGGAUGCUAUCAAAACCCAGCUGGAGAAGAUCGAUCGAGCUCAAGAGGAGCAAGCAACGAGGAUGGAGGCGGUGGAAGCAAGGCUCCAGCAGCCCGAAGCUAACCCUAACCUUGACCCUAGACCUCGACAAGAAGAAAGGGGAAGGGAAAAUCGAGCUCUUCCACCCCUGGUUCAUGAACUAAAGCGGCAUAUGCAUCGACAUUGACGUCUUGGAAUGCCUCGAGCUGAGAGGAAAGGGCGACAGUAGCAACAUGAAGAGGUAGAGGUCGAAGAAUUUGAUGAAGAAGACGAUAAGGGUUUUGAAGCGGAUAAUGAUCUUAAAAACCUCAAAGUCACGAUUCCACCUUUUCGUGGUACCACAGUCCACAAACCAUGAUGCCUAUUUGGAUUGGGAGUGGAAGAUGGAAUUGGUCUUAGACUGUCACAGUUACUCCGAAAAGAAGAAAGUGGUGUUGGCUACUCUAGAGUUUUCGGAUUAUGCUCUCGUUUGGUGGGAUUGGUUAUGCACGAGAAGGAGGAGGAACAGGCAGCAUCCCAUUGAAACAUGGGACGAGAUGAAGGGCAUAAUGAGGGAUUGGUAUGUGCUAAAUUCCCAUAUGAGAGACAUGUAUCAAAACCUUCAGCUUCUUCGGCAAGGUACUAAAAGCAUAGAAGAUUA